AUGGAGGAGCCUGUAGAUAUGCGCCCGCUUGUUCGUCUUGUGAAGCGUGUCACUCGCGCAUUCUUUCAGACCCCAUUCAUUGUAGUCAUGGAUGAGCUGACUAAACAUGAAGCUAUUAGCGAUGAAGAAUUAUCGAAAACAAUAGGGUUGACGGUGAAAGAAAUUCACAAGAUAUGCGGAACUCUUAAGGAGAACCGGCUGUUGAAAACAUUUCAGCGUAUGGAACCCAAAAAGGCGGAUCAACGACCAGUUCCGAAAACUUAUUACUACAUAGACUGGCAACAGUUUGUAAACGUAGUGAAAUGGAAAAUAUACAAAAUUCGAGUGAUGGUUGGAGACAGGAUGCGUAAUGAAUUAGAAAACAAGGGUUAUAUUUGUCCCAAAUGCAACAAAACGUAUUCUCCGUUGGAUGUUGGAUUUCUGCUAGACCACGAAGGGGGUGUGUUUAAAUGCGAGGUGUGUUCAACGGAGCUGGAGCACAAUGACAAUGCUGAGAAUGUAAAGGGAUCGGAGCAGUUGCAUGGAAGGUUUAUGGAACAAUCUCAACCUAUAAUUGAUCUACUCAAAGAUAUAGAUAAAUUGCGUAUACCAGCCACUACAAUAGAUAAGAUUGCCGGCAGUAGCUCGGGUAAAGGAUCGCUGCAAACGUCACAGGACAAAGAAAUAUCGUACGCUCAAGAAAGCGGCAAUCACACUGGAGGUAUUGUCGUCGUAUUUCAGGAUGACAACGAAGCUACCAAGAGGGCGAAAGAAGCUGAGAUUGAAAAGAAGCGUCAACAAAAUGCCCUUCCAGCCUGGCACACUCGCAGUACCAUAUCUGGUGAAACGAUGGUAGCGGACUCAUUACAGCCAACGAUAUCGAACAAACAAAAGGAAGAUCAGCACGAAAUAAAGGUGGAACAAUCGACGGAGAGAGACAAGGAGCGAAAAGACUAUUAUGCAAGCUAUUACGCCAAUUACCAGCAACAAGCUGCCUCAACUCCAGCCGACGACGAUGAAUUCGACUCUGUUACUGUUGAUCAAGCAGAUCAGUUUAUAAAUGAAAAUGAUGAGGAUGAGUUUAUGGAUGGAGCAGAAGAGGAUGAAUUUAUGGCAGUAGAAGUGAACGGAGUCAGGUCUGAAGAUUCCGAUGAAUUUGAGGCAGUCGAGUUAGAUGAAGGCCAUAGAGAAAGCAAACGUUCACGGACUGGCUCGAUGGAUGAAGAGUACCCGGGGCAUAUGACAAGUUUUUACACUUGA